CAUUUUCAAAUCAUCAUUUUCAAAUCAUCAAUCUGAUUUGUCCGAGCUGUCAGUGUAACUUCCUGUGUCCUGCGCCGAAUCUUCUUCUGACUCCGCCCUUUGUUCAGCUGGCUGGGUUUUUUCACGGAGCGACUCUCAAAACAGACGAUGGCUGUUCCGCCUGUAUAUGCCGACCUUGGCAAGCCAGCUAAAGAUGUCUUCACCAAGGGUUAUGGGUUUGGCCUUAUCAAGCUGGAUUUGAAAACCAAGGCAGAGAAUGGCCUGGAGUUCACUAGCUCUGGAUCAGCCAACACAGAGACCAGCAAAGUGACAGGAGAUCUGCAGACAAAGUACAAGUGGGCAGAGCACGGACUGACCUUUAAUGAGAAGUGGAACACAGACAAUACCCUGAGCACAGAGAUCACGCUGGAAGAUCAGCUGGUUAAAGGACUGAAACUGACCAUUGACUCUUCCUUCUCGCCAAUCACAGGCAAGAAGAGCGGCAAGAUCCUGGCCGGUUACAGCCGAGAGCAGCUCAACGUCGGCUGCGACGUUCACUACGACAUCAACGGCAUCGCCGUGCACGGCGCGGCGGUCGUCGGGUUCGAGGGGUGGCUGGCCGGGUACCAGAUGACCUUCGAAGCCGGGAAAAACAGAAUCACUCAGAGCAACUUUGCUGUGGGCUACAGGACAGAUGAGUUCCAGCUGCACACCAGUGUGAACGAUGGUACAGAGUUUGGAGGCUCCAUCUACCAGAAAGUGAACGAUAAGCUGGAGACAGGUGUCAACCUGGCCUGGACAGCAGGGAACAGCAACACGCGAUUCGGCAUCGCGGCCAAAUACCACGUUGACGCUGACGCCUCCUUCUCGGCCAAAGUCAACAAUUCUAGCCUGGUGGGCCUGGGCUACACUCAAGCUCUGAAACCUGGAGUCAAGCUGAGUCUCUCUGCUCUUCUGGAUGGGAGGAACAUUGCCUCUGGGGGCCACAAGCUGGGGCUGGGGCUGGAGUUUGAGGCUUAGGAAGAUGGAGCAACACAAUCCUGACUUAAAUAAUUAAUUCAGUAACCAUGCAGCCUCAUGUUUCCCUUGUAUGUUCACCACCGGGGAUGCAGGUGUUGUCUUGUCAAAAGUAUGUGAAAGGAUCUGCCAGUGUACAACUGAAAAAAAGAACACUAAUUUGCUCUGGGAAUUUGGCCCUAAGUAUGAGUCAUUUUUGGAGACAGGAAAAAGUACUUGGCAGGUGAUGAUCAGACUUAUGUAAAGUAGUGUAACCGUAGUUCGUAGAAAGUGUUUUGAAAUUGUGAAAAUCCAAUGUCAUUCCUAUCCAAUUUGAACACCGUUUUAUUUAUUUUUGUACUGUAAGUAAUGAAGAGGCUUAGACAAAAGGUAUUCCUCCCAUGUGAAUACUUACUGCACACUGUCCAGUAGGUGGAGCUGUUUCUUCUGCACAACACACCAGGGAUGUUGGGCCUGAAUUGUAAUAAUGCUCCUUUCCCAUGAUUGAUACACAGAGGUAGAGAGACACUGCUGACAUUUCUGUCAUUCUUCCAUCAUGCCUUGACUUUCUAGAGGUGAUGUCACUU